AUGAUAGAUUUGGCUUAUUGGCCGUCUUUAAAUGUUUUUCUUACCAACAUGUUCAUGAGCAGGCCUACAGUGAGGUACGCCUGCAUACUUGAAGUAGCCUCUAAUAUCUCUCUGUUGAACCAUGACAAAUUGUACACAAAAAAAAUAAUUGAACUGAUCGAGAUGUACAUCAACGAGGUACGGUAUGUCGAUUUAGAGUCAUUUGUUCAGAACGAGAGAAAGUACAGAGAGCUGAUCAGUCUACUGGGUAUGGUUUUUUCUCCGAUUAAGGGACUGAGGCUGUACAAAAGGUACAAAAAUGUUUACAAAAAGUACACGCUCAGGAAUAUAGAAAAGCUGCAGAAUGAAAUACUCUUAAAUAAUAGUACGGUGGAUGAGGAAACGAUUAGUAUAUUGAAGCGGUAUAAAGUAUAUAAUGUAGUUUUUAAGUACGUAAAGAAGAAGGUAAUAAACAGUUACUUUCUGGAAAUAAGCAGGACGUCGAACAAAAAGGAGGAAUUGGACAUGAUUUUUAAGAUAUUAGAGAAGGAAAAUAAGGGACUCAUGGACUUUAAAACGAUCGAGUCAUGUUUUCUUGAUCUAUAUCUGAACAGAUUCGAAGAUAUAUACGAAAUUUCGAUGACAGACAAAUUUCAGGAUCUUUUUAAUUUGUUUGUACGAGCGAAUCAGUAUAAUUUGUUCACAAAAAAAUUUGAAGAAUGCCUUAAUAACAAUUUUUCGUUCGAGUACAUGCUACAAAUCCAUUUGUUCAGCAGUGUACUUGACAAGUUUAAACAGUUUCUGAAUAGAAACGAAGAUAUGUUUAUCAAGAAUGUGUCCAAAUUGCAAUCACAGCCCAAGAAGAACUUGAAUUUUAUUCUCGAGUCUCUGAAUCAAAUCGAUACGUUUGAAAGGAAUUACAGAAUAUACCUGGCCAAUAUGAUAUUGAAAAAAGAAAAUGUUGAUCGCGAAUAUGACGUGAUAAUGGAACAAAACCAGGAGAAUAGACGGGUAACAGUUACUGAAAUCGCUGAUGAUAUUGAUAUGGGAGUGGAAGAAGGCAUGCCACUUGAAGUAUUUGAUAUCAAGGGGAGAGGCAAAAUGGUGAUGAGGAAUAAAAUAUUCAGGAAAUCGUUGCAGAUGAUGCAGAACAGCGAGAAACCUGUCCUUGAUUUCAGAUGGCCGAAAUAUGAGGAACUUACUUUUUCGGUUCCUCCGGAGAUAAAAUGCGAUUUUGAAUUCAAUAAGACCUUGAGCACCUUAAAAAUAAAGAUAAACGACAUCGAAGUUAUUUGCACUUUGUUUCAGUACAAAAUGAUAAAAUAUGUCGUUGAAAACUGUGGCAACAAAAAUAUGAUCUACAAGAAGAUCAGGAAAACAAAAUUUGCAGGUAUCGAGGAUAAAAGAGAAUUCUUUAAGAGUUUUCUUAAAAACAAAACGGAACAUGAUGUGUUUUACGAUCAUAUUGAUCCGAUUUGCAACAUAAUAAGCGAUAACUUAUCGUUUCAUAUCGUAGACACUCUGAACUUAUGUCCUGAUUUCAGGUUGUUGAAGGAUAAAACAUCGUCCGUCGCACAAAACGACGAUUACAAGAUUGAUGCGAGAAUCAUGAGGAAGCUGAAGAGAAUGAAAAAAUGCAAAGUUGAGGAUCUGUAUGAUGAGGGCGGUAAGAUAAAGGUUAGUGAAAGGGUUGUGGCACUGGAGCAAAAGGGUUAUUGCACACGAAACGGAGAAAUAGUGAAUUAUUGUCCGUAGUGUUUAUAAAUAUUAAAGCAGUUACUGUACG